UAUGUCAACCAAAAAAUCACGGCUGCACAGAGGCAUACCACCACAAUGCGGUAAUUCUAGUUGUUUGUUUGUUUGUUUGUUUGUUUACCUUUGUUCAGGUGUUCUUCAAGUUCAGGUGGACAUUCAUUUUUUGGAGAUAAAGUUGGUGAGCUUCGAUGGCCUAUCCUGCAGCAGCACGGGAACAGAUCCAACAUUAGCCAAACACAAAUGCUCAAAAUCCAAGAGGAUCUGGGCUUUAGUAAGGAGGAGUGGGACCGGAUACAGAGGGCGGUUUACUGGGGUGAACCUGACCGACAGAUUACCAGUGUAACUAUGUGCACCAGUCCGGACCACUCCACUUUCAUCAUUAAUGACUUUAAGGCCAGUUACUAUGUGGGAGAGGAGCUCCACGCAACCAUUGUUGCCAAGGACUGUACUGGUAGGCCAAAAAGCUAUGGAGGGGAUUUCUUCCAAGCAAAGGCUUAUUCUAACAAAUUAAAUGCUGGUGUGUUUGGAGAGGUACUAGACCAUCACAAUGGCACCUACACGGCCCGGUUUACCCUGCCAUGGGCGGGUGAGGCGUUUGUGGCGAUCCGCCUGAUUCACUCCAGUGAGGGUGUUCAAAUCCUCAAGCAACACCGGGACAUGGACCCUGACCGUGUCAACUUCUACGGCUUUUUUGUGGGCAAGAACAAACAGGGUGCUAAAGUGGAGGAGAAGGUGGACUGUAAUGUAAAAUGGGAUGGGGUGGCAAUAUCUGGCAAGGGGAGCUGCUGCUGUGAGUACCCAGAUGUCCGUACAGGGCUGAUGUGGCACUGCCGUAAACCUCCAACUCUCCCCUGCAAUACCCUGGUGUACUACACUCACAGUGUUUACAAGAAUCACAUGACAGACCUUGAGAAAGAAAUCAUGGACAAGCAACAUGUGAAUCGUUGGAUCAAUGGUGAUUCACGAAUGAUUACAGUCCUUGCCUCUAACUCCACUCUUGGAGUGAGAGAGGCAUGUAAACCAGGGAUGCCAACGCCGAUACCAGCAGGAUUCUAUUUGGAUGAUGUUUGGACAUCAUUUGUGUGUGCCACCCGUCAUUUUAAUGCAAAGGACAAAACUAAGUGUCUGAAGGACCACCACAUCUACAUAAUGGGAGACUCCACUAGCAGACAGUGGUAUGACUUCAUUAUCGAAUCCGUGCCUACUCUAAGGCGCAUGAACCAACACACCAUUGAGAAUAAUGGGCCCCAUAUGGCUGUGGACGUGGAGAACAAUAUCGACCUACACUACCGCUCGCAUGGCACCCCCCGCAUCAGCGUUGCUCGGCAGAUUAUGGCGGAUUUGCACUACAUUAGUAACGAGAUAGACGACAUGGCUGGUGGACCACACACUGUUAUUGUCUUCAACGUUUUUGCUCACUUCACCACCUUCCCUCUUUCCUACUUUGCCUACCGGGUUUCCCAGAUCCGGCGCGCGGUCGUGGCACUGUUGAGACGUGCGCCGGAGACUAAGGUCAUCAUGAAGACAGCCAACACAGGGCACAAGGAUUUCUAUCGCAGUGACUGGCUAUCUAUGCAGCUUGAUCGAGUCCUGCGAGAAACCUUCAAUGGCGUUGGAGUCUAUAUCCUGGAUGUGUGGCAGAUGACCGCCUGUCACCAUAACACAGAGGACAUCCAUCCUGGUCCAGUGAUCAUCAAAAAUGAAGUUGACAUUCUUCUCUCUUUUAUCUGCCCCACAUAAGGAGGAUGUUUCUCCUGGCCACUGCCCUCUCUGUGUCUGCCCCACAUAAGGAGGAUGUUUCUCCUGGCCACUGCCCUCUCUGUGUCUGCCCACUGUGGUUAUGUUCAGAUUGCCCCCCCCAAUCAAAUGUUGUUGUAUAUACAUCGCAAAUUAUGGUCGACUUAAAACUACUAUUGUCCUAAUAGCACCGCUAGUGACAUAGCAAGAGGCUAACAGCCAUUUAACUAGACUGCAUUUCCGGCGGGAACUGCGAAAGUGUGCUUGCCCUGGUCCGGUCACCAACGUGAGCAGACAGUGGCAUACGUUAUGCUGAACCUGGCUUGAUCCAGGCAUUGUAACAGUGCC